AAUGUUUGAAUUGGUGAAUAGUCCUCACUCCGGUUCCACCGAUUCUCACCCUCCAGAGAGAAAAAAACUCUCUAAACAACCGUGCGAGCAGCUCUUCUCCUCGAUUACCCUCGCACGCACUAGGUUUCCUACGCCGCCGCCGCCGCCGCAGGGGAACUCCUCGACCCACCCAGCCUCAUGCUGCUCCGCCCCCUUCCCUUCCCGUCGCCGCAGUCACCCCCUCCAUCUCCUGCCGGAGCCACUCCCCUGCCACGAACAUCCUGCGCGUGCUGUACAUGACCGGUACGGCGGCCCUGACGGGGAGCGAGAACCGCCACGGGAGCGCGGCGGUGAGCCCCUCGAUGAAGACCUGCGCGGAGAGCAGGAAUGCGUGCGGGGCUGCGGCAAUGAUCCCCGUGGUGUCCCCGGACCAGAGGCCGUCGAGGACAUAGAGCGCCGGGAGCGCGGCACCAACGAGGAACCCGCCCACGGUGUGCGCGGCGAGGAGGAGGCGCGCGAGGCCGAGGAAGACGGGGAAGGACGGGUUGGGCUUCGCGGGGUGCUGCGGGAAGGCGAGCGUGGCCAGGAGAAGGUAGGGGAGGAGCAGGAAGGCGAAGGCGAUCUCCGAGAGCGGCAUGGUGGUCAAGAAGGCCAGCACGGCCUUGGCGCCCAGCGUGUUGAGAUGCUUGCAUGUUUCAUGACAUGUACCUGAAGGUCUAGGUAACAUGUUCAAGAACAAGAGGGUCCUCAUGGAGAGUAUCCACAAGUACAAGGCUGAGAAGGCAAGAGAGAAGACCCUCUCUGACCAGUUUGAGGCCAAGCGUGCCUAGAGCAAGGCUAGCUAGCAGGGAGAGGAAUAUUGCGAGGAGGCAGGAGAGAUUGGCUCAGCCCGACCUACUUGGAUGUGCAGACCUGGGAGUUGGAACAAUUCACCAAGAGAACCAGUUCGUGUAUAACAGAAUGGGUGGAAUUUAUCAUGAGACCCUACCCAAAUCCGAGUACUUCUUCAAGGCACUGUACACCUUGCAUUUCACCCAAAACGAUCUCUCCGUGGGCUACUUCACCAAUAAGACUACCAAACAGAUUGAGGCCUAUGACCCCGAUCCUAAGGAGCGGUUCACUGUGGCAAUGCAGGUACAAUUCAAGCUAAUUUGCUGACAAUCUCGCUCACAACCAAGGAAAAUUUAGUUCUUGACACAAUUAACAUUACAUGAUCUGUGCUGGCUAUACUUUAUUCAUGCUUGCUUCGAAGUCUUGGUUCAUGGAAAGAAUUUAUAAUUUUAUCUCCGUACUACACAUGUAAUAUUACUUGUACAAGAAGAAGAAGAAGCUUGUCAAGUUUUAUCUCUGUACUAGACAUGUAAUAUAACUUGUAGUAGAAGAGUACUAGACAUGUAAUUCUAAAGCUGAACCAGCCUUAGAUUUACUUGUAGAAGAAGCUUGUCAAUUUCCUAUCAACGAAUUUGCCAGGCUGGUCUCACAACUGAGCCAGUUCUACGAUGCUCAAUAUCUUGUUGAUUUUCUCUCUGAAUCCUCGGGUAUGAGGCCCAAGCUUUGCUAAAUUAGCAAUCCUGCAUAUGCAUCCACUUGCAAGUUGCAAAUUGAGGCAAGGAUAUUCAUUGUCAAACAAACACUACUAUGCUGCUAAUAACAAAAAUUAAAUUGCAUUAGGAUGCAUGAACUACUUAUUUUCAUCUUUGAUAAGGAAGUUUGGAGAUAUAUAUUUAUAUGUGUCGACCUUUUCCUUCUUUCAGUGAAAAAUCAUGCAUGUGGCCUUCGUGUUAUAUUACUGUUACAUCUUUCAUACACAGAUAGGCUGCGAACUGAACAAGUCAAGUUUUAAAAGUUCCAACAAUUUCUGACCUUAAAAUUUUGAUACAGUUUGUUUAGCACUAAAUGCGAGAGACUGAAAAUCAUGAGAGGAUCUAAUGCAUCCGUCUGUAGUUUUUACCAGUAGAUAUGUCAAACUCUACUUGUAUUUGUGUUUCCUACCAUGAUUGGUUACAUUCGCUGAUCCCUUUGGUUUACCGAGAAAUUCUUGAAACACGGCCAUCUAAGUACUUGUACUCAUGCAUCAAGUGGUCGAAUCAAGCAUGCUGUCAACAGUAGUGUGGUAAUGGUUCUUUGGUUGAUACGAUUGUGAUUGCACAUAAUAAAUACUGAAGUUCAGUACUAGCUCCAAGGUGAGUAGUUGAAUUACUGAUAAUGGAGUGUUAUGACCGGCAUAUUAGGGGCUUAGCCCAAUUAUCUUAUCGUUAUUAGGGUCGUUUGCUUAGGAGUCAAGUAAACCUUUCUAUAUAAGGAGAGGAUAUGUAUCAAUCUAAUCAAGCAAGAAGUAAUCAUUAUUUGCUCGGCUUCCCUUAGGGAGCCGGGAGACCUAACCCUAGCCGCCUCUUGCGCCGCCGCCGCCUCUUCUCCACCACGCAAGGAUGGCGCCCAGCCACCGGCCACCGCGCUCUCGUCCUCGUCUUCCUCCAUCCUUCCCCUACAAUCUCCUUCCUAGAACCGGCAGAACCCUAGCUCCUAACACCUUGGUAUCAGGUAGUUCAGUUCCGAUCAUGUCUUCGCCGCCGCCCAUCCCGUCGCUUCCGCUGCCGACCAUCACCACCGCGCCGUUGGCCCUCUCCACCGCACCGCUGCCCUUCCCAUCCGCGCCGCUGGUCGCAUCCUCCGGCGCCGCCACCACCCAGAUGACGGCGCCCUCCACCGCACCACUGGCCGCCGCCUACACUCCGGAGGAGAUCACUGGGGUCCUCAACGAUCUCGUCACCGCCGUCCAGGGGAUACGACUAUACCUAGCCGGCCCCUACGGGCCGCCGCCGCGACCGGGCCAGCCGCCCUGCCGUGGUAUUCGGCACCCACAACGCCGACCGGGCCUCUACACCCCCACUAGCCACUUCAGCCGCCACCCGCCGCCGCGCCCCAAUGGCCGCAGUGGCCGGCGCCGGCCCUCGCCGCGUCACCCACGCCACCCGGGUCCUCGCCGCCACUGCCCUGGCAGCCACCGCACCCCGGGGGCACCGCGAUGCUGGUCGGGCCACUGCAGCCCUCGCUGCAGCUACAACCAGCCCCCUCCACCGCCCCGAUCUGGCCACAAUGGCUGGCCGCGGCCAUCGCCGCGCCCGCCGCCUCCGCCGUUUCCAGGCAGCCGCUGCCGGCGCCUCCGCCGCCCAGCAUCGGGAUGACUACAACCGCGCCGGCGGGUGUGCCGAUUCAGCAAGUGCGGUUCCCGCCCUCGCCGUCCCAGCUUCCGGCCUGGUUGGCCGGGACGUCGCCGUCGCUAGUCCACACCAUGGCCGCAGACCAGCCGGCGCCCUCCCUGCCGUACGACGGGCCCUCCGGCUCCGCGGGUUUCCACGCUGGCUUCAACGGGCCACCGCUUUCUUGCGGACCACCUGUGCACACCGGACCAACGCCAUCCUCUUCGCUACUCUGUACCGCCGAGCCGUACACUCACGGCGGUCAUGCUCAAACACCGCCGCGCUUCGCCAAGCUCGCCUUCGCCACCUACAACGGUGCUGAGGACCCCCUCAACUGGCUCAACCAGUGCAAGCAGUUCUUCCGGGGCAACGGACGCUCGCAUCAUACCGCACCUGACUCGCUUCUUAUCACCACCGCGGCGCCGCACAGACGUGGUACUAUGUCCUCGAGCAGGACGAGGGCGACAUGCCCCCAUGGGAGCGUUUUCGCGAGUUCUGCCUCCUUCGCUUCGGACUGCCGAUACGUGGGAGCCGGCGCCGCCUUCCCUUCUCCUCUACGGUGCAGAACUACACCGACCGCUUUCAGGCCCUGGCGUGCCACGCGUCCGGCAUAACGGCUCACCAACGGGCCGAACUCUUCGUCGGCGGUCUGCCAGAUCAUAUCCGCGUGGACGUCGACCUGCAGGGACCCCAGGACCUCCAGACGGCCAUGUACUACGUCCGCGCGUUCGAGCGGCGCGCGGUGGCCAUCCAGCAGGGAUCACCGUCCCGGGCCGCUGGGCCUCCACCCUAGCCGGAUGUUCCCGCGCAGGGUCGGCCUGCUCAGGCUUCCGCGGCACCCCUUGCCGCAACCGCGGAGCGCCCGUUCCGCCGGCUCACCUCGGCCGAGCUACUCAAGCGUCGCCGCCAAGGGUUGUGCUUCAACUGCGACGAGACCUACAUGCCCGGCCAUGUCUGCCCCCGACUCUUCUACCUGGAGGCUGCAGACUACAUUGAGGAGGACGCCGUCGCCGCCGGGCUUGGCGACCUGGCCGCCCCAGCUGCCGCGGAGGUGUUUGAUGCUGGUUGAUCACCUCGAGGAGUUC